GAGUGCCACACGUCAACGUCAUCGUCGCUUAAGAAAGUUGGGUGUUGAGUGUAAUGUUUUGUAAAAUAAGUACAUAAGAGCGGCUCUAGUAUUUUCAACACUAUUUGCCAAAAAAUGGUGUUAAUAGCUGCAGCAGUCUGCACUAAAGCAGGAAAAACAAUUGUUUCUCGACAGUUUGUUGAAAUGUCGAAAGCACGAAUUGAAGGUUUGUUAGCUGCAUUUCCUAAACUUAUACCAACAGGUACACAACAUACUUUCGUUGAAACGGAUUCUGUUCGUUAUGUAUAUCAACCACUUGAACGACUCUAUAUGUUACUUAUAACAACUCGUGCAAGUAAUAUAUUAGAAGAUCUCGAAACUCUUCGAUUAUUUGCCAGAGUUAUUCCUGAGUACUGUCGGUCUCUUGAAGAAAAUGAAAUUGCAGAAAAUGCAUUUUCCUUGAUAUUUGCUUUUGAUGAAAUCGUAGCAUUAGGUUACAGAGAGAGUGUAAAUUUAUCACAAAUCCGCACUUUUGUUGAAAUGGACUCACAUGAAGAAAAAGUUUAUCAAGCUGUUAGACAGACACAAGAAAGAGAAGCAAAGAAUAAGAUGCGUGAAAAGGCUAAAGAAUUACAACGUCAAAAGAUGGAGGCCUCAAGAAAAGGAGGAAAACCAUCAUUCAGUAGCACAGCCGGAUUUGGCAGUUCUACAGGAUACACACCUUCUCCAUCCGUUGGUGAUAUAGCAAAUGUGUCAAAUGACAUAAAACCUCCAUCAUAUUCAACAACUCCAAUUCAAAAACCACGUGGUAUGAAAUUAGGCAGCAAGGGCCGGGAUGUAGAAUCUUUCGUCGAUCAACUUAAAUCUGAAGGUGAAAAUGUUAUUAUUUCUGCCAAGAACAGUAUUUCUCAACCUGGAACCAAAGCACCAGCUAUCAAAUCUGACGUCGAUGAUAUUCAUUUACGAUUAGAAGAAAAACUAAUAGUGCGCAUGGGUCGCGAUGGAGGAGUUCAACAAUUCGAGUUAUUAGGUUUGGUAACAUUGCAUAUUGGAGACGAGAGGUGGGGAAGAAUACGAGUGCAACUAGAAAAUAAAGACACUCAUGGUGUUCAGCUACAAACACAUCCAAAUGUAGAUAAAGAACUAUUUAAAUUACGUUCUCAGAUUGGCUUGAAGCAGCCGGGCAAACCAUUUCCUCUUCAUACAGAUGUUGGAGUAUUAAAAUGGAGAUUGCAGAGUACAGACGAAAAUUUUGUACCUCUUCUAAUAAAUUGUUGGCCUUCUGAAGCGGGAGAUGGUAGUUGCGAUGUAAACAUAGAGUAUGAACUUGCCCACACUAAUUUAGAACUCGUCGAUGUCAACAUAACGAUUCCUUUGCCAAUGGGUUGCACACCGCUUGUAGGAGAAUGCGAUGGUACCUACACUCAUGAAACGAGACGUAAUCAACUGAUUUGGAACGUGCCACUAAUAGACGUUAGUAAUAAAACAGGAUCUUUAGAGUUUAAUGCUCCCAGAGCAAUUCCCAAUGAUUUUUUCCCACUGUCGGUUUUAUUUAGUUCGAAAUCUUCUUAUGCUAAUAUUAAGAUAACUGAAGUAGUCCUCGUGGAUGAUGAUUCUCCUGUCAAGCAUUCUGUGGAGGCUGUAUUGUUUCCAGAUAAAUAUGAAAUAGUGUAAAUGUUAUAUUAAUAUACGAAGAGGUCUUUAUUAUAAUACAAUUCACUUGUAUAAAUAUUUACUAAUAUUUUAUCCAUUAUGCAAUGUUGCUUUUUGUACAAAAUUUUAAGGAA